AUGGCUUCGGCGCUGCGGCAGCGGCUGCUGCGGGCAGUGAUUUACGAGGAUAACCACUUGGUGGCCUUGAACAAGUGGCGCGGCCUGGCCGUGCAGGAUGCCGCGGGUUCACCAUCAACCGUCCUAAGCAACGUGGACGUCUUUCAGCAGAAUAAGGAUGGCUUUGUGCCUCGGUUGGCGCAUCGGCUGGAUCAAAACACAACCGGCGUGCUGGUUCUGGCCAAAACGGCAGAGGCAGUCUUGCGCUUGAAUCGCCUCUUCCAGCUUGGCGCCGUAGCCAAAACCUACGAGGCCGUGCUUGCAGGCCAAGUCACCAAGCCCACGGGCACCCUGAAGGGCAUUCCCGAGCUGAUCACGGAAGAAGAGGAUGCGAAUUCAGAGCUCACAUCCAAUCAGCCCCUGUUCAAGACAUCAGCGAGCUGGAGCCAUAGUACAGCCCAGAGCCACUACACCGUGCUGGCCUCAGCACAAGUCAAUGAUGGCCGGCCGAGUCGCACCAAGCCUUGGCUGACACGUGUGGAGCUGCGACCCACCACGGGCUACAAGCAUCAGCUACGCAUCCAAUGUGCCGAUGGACUGCGCGCGCCCGUGCUGGGGGACAAGCGCUAUGGUGGAGGUCAGGAACAGGUCUCGCCCAUCAUUCUUCAACAUCUUCAACGCCAUGGUUUGCGCACCGCGGCCCACCCCUAUGGCCUGGUCAUGCACCUACACGCCAAACAGCUUGUUAUCCCAGGCUACAAUUGGGACGGCUCAGACCUGGUCCUUCGCGCCACGCUGCCAGACCACAUGCAGCUGACCAUCGACGCCUGCGGGCUGCAUCCAGACCAGCAGUCAAGACCGACCCGACAGCCCACUCGACAGACAGCCUGA